AUGGAAUCGUUACGGGGACCGUAUAUGGAUAUUCUUAUCUGUGAUGACUGGCAUAAAAUAUGUGCAACAUUGGACGAAACAGCACUGGUCUUAAGCCUACCGACUGAUUCAAAUUUUAACGCAAGCAGCGAAACACGUCGCGUAAGAAUCGUCAAACAUGACGGAAGUGGACUUGGCAUUAGUAUUAAAGGUGGACGUGAUAAUAAUAUGCCAAUUUUAAUAAGUAAAAUUUUCAAAGGAAUGGCUGCUGAUUUAACAGGUCAACUAUUUGUCGGAGAUGCUAUAAUUGCGGUGAAUGGUGAAUCUUUAUGUGAAGCAACACAUGAUGAAGCAGUAAGAAUACUGAAAAAAGCGGGUCGUAUAGUCGACUUACAUGUACAAUUCAUGCGAGAUAUAUGUCUAAGAAGGGACAAUAUACUGGAAAAGAUACCGUGGGAUGAGGAAAUGCAUGGUUAUGUCAGAACUAUCAGUUUGAAACUUGCCUACGUCUCUCGGAUGAGUUUGAUCCAUAACGAUCCAGAGGGACGAAUGUUCGAAAUUAGAUCACCUUCUUCGAGAUAUUCCUUAACAUUCAGGUGUGAUAGCUUAGCAGAAGCGGAUGCGUGGUUCGAAAGUAUUCAUAAUUGUGCAUCUAGCUUACUUACCCAAGCUUUAGCCCAAGUAAAUCUGAUGCUUGGACAAAACCCACAAGUGAAGCGAAUGGGAUGGAUGGCCGAACAAGUAAAAAUUUUGAAUGGUGUUAUUUCGUGGAAGGCAGUAUUUGCAGCAUUAACAAAUAACGAUCUUCUUUUUUACGAUUGUGUGCCUAUAUUAAAAUCCGAAUGGGCUUGUCCAAGAAUAACACGUCCUCUUAUUGCAACUCGUGUUGUCCAAACAACCUCAAGGACAGCGCCUGUAAUAGCGGGUCUCUCCGAUAUCAUAUCGUUUACAACCCGAACUGGUACACAGCAAGGUGUUCGUUCUCACGUUUUUCGCGUUGAAACUCAUCGUGAGUUGGCUGCAUGGGUGAAAAGUAUAGUGAGAUGCACAUAUGAAGCUUGUAAUGAAAUCAAUCAAGUAUCUUGUCCAUGUGCAUGGCACGAUGAACAAUGUGAUUUGAUUUUGCAUCUUGAGAAGGGAAUCAGUUUGAUUGGACAAGAUGGUCAGAUACGAUGGCAUUUUCCGUUUGAAGCGAUUCGAGCUACUGGUGAUGAUGGUCACCGAUUUUUAUGGAUUGACUUUGGCCCUCCGAAUGGAGAACAAGAAAUCGAUCUUCUUUCAUCGCCUAAACCCGUCGUAUUCAUUUUGCAUUCAUUUCUUGCCACAAAAGUCUUUUCUCUUGGUCUCUACGCUUAG